CUGAAAACGAAAUUGCUUUCUUUUGGUUUAUGGCGAGUGACAUUUAUAAGAACUGAGGGGGCGGAGCAUCUGAACAGUAGGUCGUCAAUACUCCAGUAACCCGCUUGCUUGCUCUGCUGCAAAGUGUCCCUGGAAUUUUUUUUUAAAUGUUGGCAACUAUGAUAUUGAACUAUUUAAAGCUCCACUCUACACAACAAAAAUGUGACAUCCACAACCUCCAGUUCUCUUUAAACAAGAAGAAGGAGCCAGCAAUCAUUAAAGAUCUACACAUUGCUAUACAAUGGGUUGUCAAGAAUGAGGCACUGUUCUGUGGGCGCAUAACCAUGCCAAGUUAUGUGUCAAUGAAUGAAGAUGACCGCCAGAAGGCCAUAGAUAACGUGAUACAAAGAGAAGAACCAGAAGCAAGGGAGCCAUUCCUCUUUGUAUUUCAGCACAGAGAAGAUAUGGAGUUGUUUUUGCAGGCAUGUCUUGACCAACAGGGCCUCCAAGUUAAUGCCAUGUUCCAGAAAUGACUGAUGGACAAGGGGUGGUGCUGUGUUUCUGUUUAAAUUAUUGAUAAUAAUAAAAAAAUAAGAUAAUUAACACCA